UGAAACAGUCAACUUACCAACCACCCAAUAACCAGCCAAGCAACCAGCCAACCAACUAACCGGCGAUCCAAUCUUGCUCUAUCUAUAGGCAGUGCCGUCUGCCUUACAAGUUGAAAAAAAUAGAAAUCUGCGCCGCGUGACUAAACAUUUGCGUCUUUUUGGCAGGCCGGGGCACAAAAGGUUGGAUCGCUAGCCGAUAUGUGUGUGUGUGACUAAAGAAAAUAUAUGUUUUAUAGUUAAUAUAGUUAGUAUUGUGAAAUAUAUUUCUCAAAUGCAGGCAAGCUGAUCCAACUGAUCUGCCGUUUAUAUUGUGCGCCAAUUUGACGGGAAAGUGCCUGCUAGCAAGUGUCAUAUUAACUGCAAUUAAUGCGCAUACGACACGUGUGACGAUCCGCCCAAUCAACGUACAUACGAAAAAGAAGAUUAUAAAUUCCGACAAUUAUUAGCUGCGGUUGUUGUUGUGAGCGUGCAUGCAACUGGCCUUAGAGAUGAUGCAAACUCUGAAACCGCCACCGCCACUGCAUCAACAUCAGCAUCCACAUCAUCAUCAGCACCAGCACCAGCACCAGGCUCAGCCUCAGUCACAGCAACUGCAGCAGCAUCUGUCAGUCAUGGAUAAUCACCACCAUCAGCAGCAGCACAUUCAUCAGCAGCAGCAGCAGCAACAAUUGCCAGCCACGCCGCAGGCAUCGCACCUGCUCGCUGGUCAGCACAAUCAUCAUCAGCAUGCUGCACUCGGAGUCGGUGCUGGAGUCGGUGUCGGUGUCGGUGUCGGCGCGUUGCCUGUCGACCAUGAUGACCCAAAUCCAGAGUUUGUGCUUGCUUUAAUUUCAAGGAAUCGAGCGCUUGAGGCGACGAUACCAAAGUGUGGCGGCUGCCACGAGCUGAUCCUGGAUCGCUUCAUCUUGAAGGUGCUCGAAAGGACUUGGCACGCCAAGUGUUUGCAGUGCAGCGAGUGCCACGCCCAGCUGAACGACAAGUGUUUCGCCCGGAACGGUCAGCUGUUCUGCAAGGAGGACUUCUUCAAACGUUAUGGUACGAAGUGUUCCGCUUGUGAUAUGGGCAUACCGCCAACUCAGGUGGUCCGUCGCGCCCAGGACAAUGUCUAUCAUCUGCAGUGCUUCCUGUGCGCCAUGUGCUCGCGCACCCUCAACACGGGCGAUGAGUUCUAUCUGAUGGAGGAUCGCAAGCUCAUCUGCAAGCGCGACUACGAGGAGGCCAAGGCGAAGGGUCUCUACUUGGAUGGCUCGCUGGACGGGGAUCAGCCCAACAAACGGCCCCGCACCACAAUUACGGCCAAGCAGCUGGAGACACUGAAAACCGCAUACAAUAACAGCCCGAAACCCGCCCGACAUGUACGCGAACAGCUGUCGCAGGACACGGGCCUGGACAUGCGGGUGGUGCAAGUCUGGUUCCAGAACAGACGCGCCAAGGAGAAGCGACUGAAAAAGGAUGCAGGACGCACGCGCUGGAGCCAGUACUUCCGCUCCAUGAAGGGCAACUGCUCGCCCCGCACUGACAAAUUCCUCGACAAGGAUGAGCUGAAGGUGGACUACGACAGUUUCAGUCAUCACGAUCUUAGCAACGACAGCUACAGCACCGUCAAUUUGGGCCUGGACGAGGGCGCCUCGCCGCACAGCAUACGCGGCUCCUACAUGCACGGCAGCUCCAGUCCGUCGCAGUAUCCGCCGAGCAGUCGCUCACCGCCUGCGCCCGGCCAGAGCCAUACGUUCGGCUCGUAUCCGGACAACAUUGUGUACACUAAUAUAGAUCAUGCUGUUGGCUCCAAUUUGCUGCCCAGCAAAUCGCAUCAUCGCCUGCACAGUAGCAACAAUGUUUCGGAUCUGAGCAACGAUUCUAGUCCCGAUCAGGGCUACCCUGACUUUCCGCCUAGUCCCGACUCUUGGCUCGGCGACUCCGGCAGCACAAACAAUACCAGCAACAACAACAACAACAACAACAGCAGCGCGAAUAGCAACAACAACAACAACCACAGCAGCAGCGGAGGCGGCAGUGGGGCGGCAUCCAAUGCAAAUGCUACCACAAAUCCAAAUCCAAAUCCCAUUCCCAAUCCAAAUCCGAAUCCAGCAACUCCCGGCGUACAUUACUGAUACUCAAAAAUACUUUUGCGUUAUUUUGAGAUGCAGUCGCGCAAUUUGCUGCUCGCAGCUGCCCAACAACAACAACAACAACAACAACAACAACAGCAGCAGAAGCAGCGACAGCACUAGCGACGCCAUUUUGAAAGCUUUCGAGCGUCUUAACAGCGCUCAGCCAGCGAACUAACAGAAAAGCUUAACAGUUAACAGCGCCGAGCUUUCGUUGACUGCAUUUCGGUAAAUGCACCAAUUUUAUUACGUUUACUAAUGUAACACAAUUUGCUCAAGUUUCAGUAACUUUUUUUUUCAUUUUGUUUAUACUCGAUAGAAUGAUUAGAAUACGAGUAACUUGACAUGUACAUAACGAGUACACACAUACAUGCACACACACACACUCGCACACAUUGAAGGAUAUGUAUGUGGACAUGCUUUAAAACAAACUGGCUUAAAUAAUAAUGUUUAAUGAUUUUUCACUACGAUUUAUCACUUCCUGAACCACAUUUGUUUGUACUUUGAACUUUGAUAUUUUAGUGUAAUGUAAAUAUUGUAUAUUUGUGUAUAGUAAAAAAAAGAAAGAACUACAUUUUAAGUUAAAUUAAGUCCGUAUAGGGGGGGGGGCAGGACAGAGCACAACAUUUAUUAUGCUGAAAAAGUGCCCCCAAAGAAGUUAUUUAUUGCUUUAUAUAGGAAUACAUGAAUUGCAUAGGAGAAAUAUCAAUUACGAAAAAGUGAUGUCGUAUAUACAUACAUAUAUCUAAAGUAAUACCAAACAAAUAUAUA